UCAAGUUUGCGCGCUCAAAACAUCCUCACCGCAGAGAGAAGUGGAGGCGUGAAAGUGUCCGUCGAUGGUUUAAAAAAUUUGGUGCAAUUAUAAAUAUUGAAAUCAUUGUUGAAAGUGUCCAAACUCGUCGCAAACAUGAAGUGCCAGAUCCCGGAAAUAUCGUGGCACAAUCGCGAUCCGGUUCUGAGUGUGGACAUUCAACCGCGAACGAGCGGCGAUAAGGGCGACUUCUACCGGUUGGCUUCGGGCGGAACCGACUCUCAUGUUUUGAUUUGGUACAUGACUCAGAAUGCCGAAUGCGGAACGAUUUCGCUGGAUGUGGUGGCCGAUUUGGCUCGCCAUCAACGGGCAGUGAAUGCCGUCCGGUGGUCCCCAAAUGGGGAACUGCUGGCCUCCGGCGACGACGAGAGUGUCAUUUUCAUCUGGAAGCAGAAAAGCGAUUCCGAGGUGAUCAACAUUUUGGACGCGACCAACGACCAGGAUAAGGAAAUCUGGUUGACAUUGAAGAUUCUCCGAGGACACAUGGAAGAUGUGUACGACUUGUCAUGGUCGCCCAAUUCUAUGUUCUUGACCAGCGGAUCUGUCGACAAUACGGCCAUGGUUUGGGACAUCAACAAAGGAAAAUCAAUGCACAUCUAUUCAGACCAUAAAGGAUUUGUGCAAGGAGUUGCAUGGGAUCCCAAGAACCAGUAUUUGGCUACCCUGAGCACGGAUCGAUACUUCCGAGUGUUUGACCUGCAAACGAAGAAGGUGUUGACCCGGAACAACAAAUGUGUGCUUCCGGUUCCGAAGGAUUCUCCCCUGCAUGGUAAAACGGUGCGUCUGUACCACGACGACACAUUGCAGACAUUCUUCCGCCGGUUGAGUUUUAGUCCGGAUGGAAACCUCAUAGUUACUCCUUCGGGCGUGGCUGAGAUUGAGGGUAUUCCAAAACCUCUGAAUACUACGUACAUCUACACGAGGAAUUCUUUGAAGCAGCCUGCCAUUACAUUGCCCUCGCCGGAUCAGUACACCGUUGCUGUUCGAUUCUGCCCACAGUACUUCAAAUUGCGUCCUCAUCCGGAAAACAAGCCACCAAUCAUUCCGUUGCCAUACCGGAUGAUUUUCGCAGUUGCCACUAAAAGUUCCGUAUACCUGUAUGACACCCAGCAGAAAACCCCAUUUGCACUGAUUUCCAACAUUCACUACACGCGUCUAACAGACAUUUCCUGGUCCGGUGACGGAAAGAUCCUGAUUGUUUCAUCAACGGAUGGUUUUUGUUCGAUGAUAUCCUUCACUGAUGGUGAACUGGGUGAGCUCCACGUUUUGGAAGUUGACGAGUCAGCGGGUCUGGAAAAAGAGAAAACUCCAACGAAAAAAGCUACAUCGAAUCGAAAGAAGUCAAAGGAUGGGAAAGAUGAUGAGAAAAAAGAAGUUAAGAAGAUGGAAACGGUCCCGGAAGAGUCGAAAAAAGAGGAGAAAAGAGAGGAAACGAAAGAGCCUAAAAAAAGCGAAACAGUUGCUCAACCAAUUGCCUUCAGAAGGAAACCCAAGGAACCUGAAGCAGAAGAACCGAAGAAAGAAGAGAAAGUCGCUCAACCGAUUGCCUUCCGAAGGAAACCGAAAGAACCUGAAGCAAACAGCGAAACGAAGCCAGAACCGAAGGAGCCAGCUAAGCCAACUCCUAUCGAGAUUAGGCGCAAGCCACGUGAGGAAGAUAAGCCAGCUCAACCGAUUGCUGUAAAGCGUAAACCUAAAGAUUCCUCAGAAGACUCCAAGGCUGAGCCCGACACCCAAAGCGACGAAUCUCGAAAACGUCCUCGUUCCAACAGCUCUGAAAAAGAGCAGCCUUCGGAGGAAGCCAAUCCUGUGGCGGUGCGUUUGGUCUCGUUGGAGACGACCGAUCCCAAAGCAGGAAUCGUUAUUAAGGAAAUUCCCCCUGCCAACACCACAACGGACGAAAAGAUUGUCCAACCAGCUAAAGAAAUCAUAAUCGAAACGGAAAAGAUCAUCAGCAGUGACGAAAAGUUCGACAGUCCUUCGAGGAAGAAUCGUCCCGUGACGCCUAUCGCUGUGAGGCGACAUCCCCGCACUCCGGACGUAACUCCGUCUUCGUCUGAAAACGAUCGUGAUGCCACGCCAAAAACCGGCAACAAAAAUUCGGCCACUCCCAUCGCUGUUCGCCGACAGCCUCGCAAUUUAUCCUCCUCAAAUGAUAAAUCGACAGAGUCUUCCAGCAAAUCGAAGCCCACUUUCGAAGAGGAUGCCGUCGAUACGUGGCCAAUCGAUCAACCGAAACCAGUCGUCGCCAAAACGGUGGUUCAGAACAGUUCCCUGGGAAUCAGUGAACAGACCGAGGACUUCAAACUGGUCAUAUCGGACGACGAAGAACACCCUCCUGCAACCACUACGGAAAAGCCGCAAUCCGAUGACGCUGGUAGUGCCGCCGAUAGCGAUUCGGACAAGGCCCCUACCGAGAAGGACAAAACCCAAUCGACUCCGGUUGCGACGGCCACCACGCCGAAAACGCCUCGACGGGUGGAGUUCCGGACAUUGUCGACACCUAAGUCGAAGAAGAAGUUGUUGUAGAGCAACCGAUUGGCGGUCUUUUUCUGUGCUAAUUGUUUAAGGUUAGUUUUUAGGGUAAAAUAUAAUCGUUCGAAUGGAA